AUGGUUCUCCUCAGUUCGUCCACGGUAUCCACCAUCCUGUCGAUGGGAGUAGUGUGUAUCUUCACAUUACUACUAUUUCUAUCCGGAUACGUGCUGCAGCAACAAUCAGUAAAAAACAUUCAGCAUGCCAUUCGCCCUCCAUCUGAUCCAGCUUCUGAGUCAAGACACAGUUAUCCGGGAUCAACAUUCCAGAAGCGGGAUUCAUCGGAUUCAGAUCUAGGUUCAGGCGACGAUCAAGACAUCCCACGAGCUAGUCGAGAUCGCCAUCCAGGAUCGCGGGGCAAUUUCGCCUAUCUUCAGCUAUUAUCCGAGCCUGAUCCAUCAGACAUUUGUUCCGCAGUGCUUUUCUUUAAACAGCUCGCGACAAAUGGUACCAGCGUUCAGGAUCGUCUGUUUAUGUAUCCGCAGGAAUGGGACCGCAUGUCAGCGAAACAGUUGGGCAAGUCUGCAUCAGCGGCCCUUUCGAUUCUCCGUGCAGCCAGUAUCAAAUAUGGGAUUUGGCUACUACCAAUCGAUAUGACUGCUGCUACCUCUGCGGGAUACUCCGCAACCAACACGAAGGUCUUACGUCUGGGUCAAAUACAAUUCAUGCAGUAUGACAGCGUUCUUUACGUUCAGACGCCUGGCAUGAUUCUCGAUACAGAAAUGCUUGAUGAGGUGUUAUUUUCACGGACAUUGCCUGGCCGGCAUGAUAAGAAUAGGCCGGAGUCCUUCAACAACGAAGCAUGGAUUCCCAUGCCUCUUCGCGCGAACCGCGAUGCCAACCUUCCCCCGGUCUACCUGAUAACAGUCAACAACUUGGGCGGUGGGAGUAUUGAAACGCGGACACAUAUUCCUAACAUACAUCUUCCUGGAUUCGGGGGCCUUGUGGCUGGACCUUGGGGCGUGAAACCGGAAUCAGCUAAUGGUGAGCCGGUUCAACAGCCCGCCUAUGUAUAUUUUGAGAAUGACCGCGACGGUCAUGUUAAGUGGGCAGGAAAUCCCCUUUUUGGCCCAUGGCGAUCACAACAAAGCGAGGUUUGCCCUGGGCUAGAUUUUGAUGACGACUAUUAUCAUGAUGAGAUGAGAUGA